AUGAUACAAUGUCGAUUACAUCCAAUUAUACGUACAUUUUUUCAGCAAUUUACGUCACAGCGACAUACUGUAACAUACGUUCAAGGCCAGGAACACGAACCAAAGAUUAGAGAAUAUUUUUAUUUCAUUGAUCACCAAGGGAUGUUAUUUUUGGAUGAUGCUAAAAUGAAGAACUUUACAUCAUGUUUUAAAGAAAAAAAAUUUUUGGAAUUUUUUUUCAAGAGAAUUAGGCGAAAUACUACUGGUAGAUAUGAAGAUGACUUUCCUUUUAUAUCUUUGUGUGGUAGGGAAAGAAAUUAUAUUAGGUGUGACGAUGUUCCUAUAGUUUACACUCAUAUUUUUUAUAAUAAGUCAGAAGAUGAAUAUUUCCUUACUUAUGGUUAUGUAGGAGAUAGCUUAAAGAUGAUGUUUAUGCCAGACAAAAUAUACAUGCUUCCGGAAACAGGGAGAUUGUAUCAUCCAGCAGAAGAUAAAUAUGGUGGUAUUGGACUAGUCAGGUCAAAGCUUGCAAUAGAGCUUAGUAAAUAUUUUGAAUUCAGUGAAGGGGAGGCAAAUCCUCCAACACAGUUUAUAUGGCAGAAUAAAAAAUAUACGCUAGAUCAAUAUUGGCUUCAUAAAAAUAUCAGUAAGCAUAAGAUAAAAUUAAGAAGUAAACCUGAUUAA